AGAUGUCAAAGUGACUCAGCAUUGCUGUCGUCGUGGUGCGAGGAGCUGGGUCGGCUGCUUCUGCUGCGGCACCAGAAGAAUCGACAGAACGAGCCCCAAAACAAAGUAUCCAUGCAGCCACCCAUGAACUCCAUGAAGCCCUCGCUCUCCCACGGUGAUGGGUCCUUUCCGUACGACUCUGUUCCAUGGCAGCAAAAUGCUAACCAGGCCCCGGGAUCACUGUCAGUGGUGACGACUGUAUGGGGGGUGACGAAUACCUCACAAAGUCAGGUAUUGGGCAACCCCAUGGCCAACACCAACAAUCCGAUGAACCCCGGAGGCAAUGGAAUCGGGUCUGGCAUGUCAGCCAACAACCCAGGGCUCAACUCGCCGCAGUUCCCCGGCCAACAGCAGCAGUUCUCAGCCAAAGGUGGCUCCAACCAGGCCUACAUGCAGCAGGGCAUGUACGGACGAGGGGGGCAUCCCGGAGCCGGAGGAUUCAGCGGGAGUUACCCGGGUGGUCCGAAUGCACCGGGUGGGUUGGGCAUGCCCCCUCACACUCGCCCUACGUCCGAUUUCACCCAGCCUGCUGCUGCUGCCGCCGCUGCUGCCGUUGCCGCCGCCGCUGCCACGGCAACGGCUACUGCCACAGCAACUGUGGCCGCCUUGCAGGAGACCAACAAGGACAUGAACCAGUAUGGACAGAUGUGCUCAUCAUUUCAGAUGGGCCCCACACAGGGCUACGGCAACCAGUUUGUGAAUCAACCAGGACCCCGGGGGCCGCCGGGCAUAGCGGGAGGCAUGAACUCAGCCGGCAUGGGCCCUGGAAUGAACAGCUCCAGUAUGAGCGGCCCUCAUAUGGGCAUGAAUCAGCCACGGGCACCAGGAAUAGGGCCGUUUGGGGGGCAUGGUCAGAGAAUGCCACAGCAAGGAUACCCAGGACCCAGACCUCAGUCCAUGCCAAUGCAGGGCACCAAAAGGCCCUAUCCUGGAGAGCCUAACUAUGGUGGCCAGCAGUUUGGACCUAAUGGCCAGUUUCCCAACCAGCAAGGACAGUAUCCGAACCCCAGUGCUUCCAGACCACUGCCUUCCCCAAACUACCCCGGUCAGAGGAUGCCAGGCCAGCAGGGUACAGGCCAGUAUCCACCUUCAGGAGUGCCCAUAAAUCAAUAUUACAAGCAGGAGCCGUUUAACGGCCAGAAUAAUAAUUUCUCUGGAGGGAGUUACAGCUACAAUCAGGGCAGUGGGCCUCCUCGACAAGUUGUAAACUAUCCUCACUCACCUGUUCCUGGGAAUCCCACACCGCCCAUGACUCCAGGAAGCAGUAUCCCUCCAUACCUGUCCCCCAACCAGGACGUUAAGCCUCCGUUUCCUCCUGAUAUGAAACCGAACAUGACGCCUCUGCCACCACCUCCGACUAACCCUAAUGAGGAGCUGCGGCUGACGUUUCCUGUACGUGACGGCGUGGUGCUCGAGCCUUUCAGACUGGAGCACAAUCUGGCUGUCAGCAAUCACGUCUUCCACCUACGGCCCUCUGUUCACCAGACGCUCAUGUGGAGGUCUGAUUUAGAGCUGCAGUUUAAGUGCUAUCACCAUGAGGACCGGCAGAUGAACACUAACUGGCCAGCAUCGGUACAGGUCAGCGUCAACGCGACUCCACUCACCAUCGAGAGAGGAGACAACAAGACUUCCCACAAACCCUUGCACCUGAAGCAUGUGUGCCAACCAGGCAGAAAUACAAUCCAGAUUACGGUCACGGCAUGCUGCUGUUCCCACUUGUUCGUGCUGCAGCUGGUACACCGGCCGUCGGUGAGAUCCGUCCUGCAAGGCCUGCUAAAGAAAAGGCUUCUGCCUGCAGAACACUGCAUUACUAAAAUAAAGAGGAACUUCAACAGUGUAGCAGCGUCCUCGGGGAACGCCACACUGAACGGAGAGGAUGGUGUAGAGCAGACUGCCAUUAAAGUGUCUCUCAAGUGUCCAGUAACGUUCCGGCGGAUACAGCUUCCUGCCCGGGGACAUGACUGCAAGCAUGUACAGUGUUUUGACUUGGAAUCGUACCUGCAGCUGAACUGUGAAAGGGGAACAUGGAGGUGUCCUGUAUGCAGUAAAACUGCAUUACUGGAGGGUCUGGAAGUGGACCAGUACAUGUGGGGAAUUCUCAAUACCAUCCAAAAUUUGGAGUUUGAGGAGGUCACUAUUGACCCGACAUGUAGUUGGCGGCCGGUACCUAUAAAGUCUGACCCACACAUAAAGGAAGAUCCAGACGGACCUCUGGCCAAGCGCUUUAAGACAAUGAGUCCCAGUCAAAUGAUCAUGCCUAAUGUGAUAGAUAUGAUCGCUCAGCUGGGGCCAGGACCCUCGCCCUACACCUCCCUUCCACCUCAGCAUGGAGGGAACAACACAGAGUACCCAAGCCAAGGCAACAGUUACCAGGCUCAUGGAAAUUUCGACUUUCCUCACGGUAACUCUGGUGGAGGAGCUCCAAUGAAUGACUUCAUGCACGGGCCGCAGCUCUCCCACCCUCCGGACGUACCCAAUAGCCUAAUGGGUCCAGAUAAACCCCUCAGUCACGGCAUGCCGGACUCGAUGCCUCAUCCUGUAAGCGGUGAGCAGCCUCAUGCUUCCAUGCCACCUGGUAUGCAUGUAUCACCGCACCCCAACAGCCAAUCGGGUCAGCCGUUACAUCACAGUGGCCCUCCAUCUGGUCCGCCCCCACGCCAAGGCCCACCACCUCAACAGCAGCCUGGCCCUAACAGCCACACACACCACGACAUGACUUUUAAUCCCGGUCCUGAUGGUCAAGUGGGUGGCCAGGGAGGAGCAGAUAUGCCAGAGCCAUCACUGGAUCUGCUGCCUGAGCUGGCCAACCCAGACGAAUUACUGUCCUAUCUGGAUCCUCCUGACCUUCCGAGCAACAGCAACGACGACCUGCUCUCUCUCUUUGAAAACAACUGACUUCCUAAAUCCACAUUUACCAGAGGCACUGACACGUUUGGCUGUCAGGAACUGAGAAAUCCUGAGCACCAAAUGAGUACUUUACAACCGCAAAACACUCGCCCCUCGUCUCCUUCUGCCCCGACUCCUGUAAAUACCUCCCUAUUUUACAGACCUCCUUUUCCACACAUGUAGCCAUGUUGGUUGGCACUAAAGUGAUAUCUUUCAAUACUAAAAAGAAAAAAAAACUGUGCAGCUAUAAUCAGUCUAUAUAAAUAUAUGUCACACAGAACUGAACGUGUGCUCACUAGGAAAGUGUUGUAGCAUUU